AUGCGGGAUUUUCGCUUCAAUUCGCAAGUAAUACUACAACACCCCCGGGAGCAGGUCUUCGAGUUCUUCUCUCAGGCGGAGAACCUGAACUUCCUAACCCCUCCGUGGGUGCGAUUUUCCAUCCUGACCCCGCCACCGAUAGAAAUGAAAACCGGAACUCUCAUUCAGUACCGCAUCCGGGUACACGGCAUACCCAUCAGGUGGGACAGCGAAAUCACGCAAUGGGACCCACCCUUCCGGUUCCAGGACACGCAGAGGAGAGGCCCCUACAGUCAGUGGGUCCACAGCCACAUUUUCGAGGAGGUUCCCGAAGGCACGCUGGUAAUCGACGAGGUCGAAUACCGUGUCCCGGGCGGCCGAUUGGUCAACUGGCUGUACGUGGCCGCCGAGCUGAGAAGGAUCUUCAAUCACCGGUUGGUGAAUCCGCCCAAGCUCCCUGGCUGA